AUGGUGCGGCUCACCCCUGACACGGCACGGACGCGCUUCAAGGGCUGCGAGACCGUGGACGCGCUGUUCCGGCACGCCGUGAGCCUGCACUCGGACCGCCCCUGCCUCGGAACGCGACUCGUCAAGAGCCAGACGCAAGAGAUAAUCGACGGAAAGAGCAUCGUCAAGUACGACCUGGGCGAGUACAAGUGGAAGACGUACGCGGACGUGGAGAGCCAAGUGAACCAGAUCGGGCGGGGUCUGGCGGGACUCGGCAUCGUUCCCGAGACACGCGUGAUCAUCUUCGCCGAGACCCGCGAGGAGUGGAUACUCGCAGCGUUAGCCUGCUUCCGAAGACGCGUCAUUGUGUGCACCAUCUACGCCACCCUGGGUGAUGAAGGGAUCGUCUUCAGCGUCAACGAGACGGAAGGCCGUGUGAUGAUCACCUCCGAGGAGCUCUUACCGAGGCUGCAGAAACUGAUGCGCCGAUUGCGUCAUGUGAAGCGCAUCAUCUACAUGCCGGCAAGGGGAGAAUCGAGAAGCAUUCCAGACAUGGCCCCAGCGAUCGUCAUGCCUUUCGCGGACCUACUUGCAAGCGCAACAGUCGCAGGAGAAUCACCACCAGUGGUUCCAGUGGCUACUGAUGUUGUCAUCAUCAUGUACACAAGUGGUUCAACGGGUACACCAAAAGGUGUGAUCCUCACCAAUGGCAACGUAGUGGCGUUCGUUCUCGGGAUAGCCAGUGUGCUGCACAAUUUCACGGCACAAGAUGUGUACCUUGGAUUCCUCCCUCUCGCUCACGUCAUGGAGAUAGCAGCCGAAUGUUGUUUUAUGGCACUUGGUUUGAGGAUCGGCUAUUCAAGUCCCUUUACACUUACUGAUCAAGGCACGGCCCUGAUGCCCAACACCCAGGGCGACGCCUCGGUACUCAGGCCGACCCUCAUGAUUGCCGUUCCCCUCCUGUUAAACCGCAUUCAGAAAGCCGUGGAGCAGAAUCUCGCCUCAACGGGAGCCUUCAAACAAAACCUCUUCGCAUUUGCACUCCCUUACAAAAGCUACUGGAGAAGCAAAGGGUACACUACACCGUUGCUCAAUCGGAUCGUGUUCAAGAAGACGAGGAACAUUCUGGGCGGGCGCCUAAGGGUCAUCGUUAGUGGCUCCGCGCCCCUGUCCCGCUACACGCAGGAGUUUCUCACCAACUGCCUGUGCUGUCCGAUCGUUCAGGGUUACGGACUCACCGAGACGACGGCGGGAGCCACGCUCCAAGACCACGAUGACAUUAAGGUUGGGGUCGCUGGGCCGCCUCUGAACGGAGUCCACAUCAAACUAGUCAACUGGGAUGAAGGUGGCUACCGGUCAACAGACAAGCCCUACCCUCGUGGUGAAAUUGUCGUCGGUGGCCCCACAGUGGCAGCGGGCUACUUCAAGCGACCCGAACUCACGUUAGAGUGCUUCGAGAGCGGCCCCAUUCCGUGGUUCUACACGGGAGACAUUGGAGAAUUCAUUCCUCAAGGUCUCCUGCGGAUCAUCGACAGGAAGAAGGACCUGGUGAAGCUGCAGUACGGCGAGUACGUGUCCCUGGGCAAGGUGGAGACCGUGCUCAAGACACACCCACUGGUGGACAACGUGUGCGUGAUCGGCAGCUCCCUGAGCACCUUCAUCGUGGCGCUGAUCCAGCCCAGCGAGCCGGCGCUCAGGAAGCUCGCCGAGACCGCCGGCCUGACCACCGCCGGCCUGACCCCCGCCGCCCUGCCUCUGGCCAACCUCUGCGACGACAAGCGCGUCACGGAGUUGGCCGCCAACGACCUCAUUGCGCACUGCAUGAAGGCUGGCCUGAUCAAGUUCGAGAUCCCGCGAAAGUACAAGCUCUGCAAAGAGGCGUGGACUCCCGAGAGUGAACUGGUCACGGCGGCGCUCAAGAUCCGUCGUAUUCAGAUCCAGGCGUUUUACGUACAGGACAUCAAGGACAUGUACAAGGGAGACUAGAACACUGGUUCCGGCCACAGACGUGCCUUGCCAAAACGGCUAGCCUGCAAGCUCGCCGUCGACCAUCGCGCCAGCGAUCUCGUAGUCAGAGCCGGUGGACAUUUUUGGGUUUAGAGGAGGCUUUGAAAGACGAGGCAUCGAGCGGUUGUUGUUGU